AUGGAUUGCCAAACAGAAGAGCAAGAUAUGGAGAGGGUUCCAAAGCUAGCUAUAGUGGCCUUGGUUUUGGCAGCUGUUAUUGGGGCCGAGGUUGUGGCCGUGAGCAUUUGUCAGAUGAGCAUAGCUGAUCUUCAAGAGUGCAAGAAAGCUCUAACGGGUACCCCACCACCUAAUCCGUCCCCUAAAUGCUGUGGGGCCCUUUCUAAGGCUGAUUUGACUUGCCUUUGUAACUUAAAGGGCUCCCUGAGUGGCUAUGGGAUAGACCCCAAGCUUGCCAUGGCACUCCCCGGCAAAUGUGGCAUCCCCCUACCUUCAAAAUGCUAA